AUGGUUCGAUGCUCGAAUAUACGGCUUGGGUGGUCCAAAGACAGGCCAACGGCCAAUCCAAAUAGCACUGCUCCUUAUGCCGUCUACGUUUACAGGGGAGGGUAUCAGCCAAUUGUUGUUGUGGACAAUUACCAGGAGCGACGCUUCAACUGGACCGUCCAGCUUCCCCUUGGCGGACCGAACAUUUUGACAAUCGUAGACGCAAACGGAUACUUUGGUGGUAACUCGCUUGUCUUUGACGUCCAGGCACCAUUUACAGACACUUGCGACACGAAUCCUAUGACACCAAACUCUCUCAAUAUCACCACUUCGGGAUCCUUAGCGGAAUGUUCUGCUAUCAUCGUCAAUGUUGAUGGAGGUGUUCCCCCCUACACCAUGCAAAUUGUCCCAUCUCAGCGACCGCCCAAAACUACCGCUUAUCAAAUUGACAUUGGGUCCGGUGAACAAUUCUUUGUCAAAGUGUCCGACUCAGCGGGCAAUGUGGGUGUAAAUGGUCUACACACAGUCGUGAACGGCGACCCUAUCUGCUCUGAUGUCGCACCAACCAUUACCUCGGGGAUGGCCAUUCCUACCCUAACUUACAACGCCGCAAGCACCACGACAUCCAUUACACCAACGAUUACCACUCCACCCAUUCCUACGUUCACUAACGGCCACGCCGUCGUGAGUAAUACUGGGUCGCAAGAGAUCACGACAACGGUUGCGCUACCUGAUGGCGGAUCGAGUACAGUCGUCUUGGCGCCUGGUGCUACGGCCACCAUAGACGCCGGAAGGUCAUCCGAUGGGUCCCCAAACCUCGGACUCAUAAUUGGACUUGCGGGAGGUGGCGCAGUGCUCUUGACGGCACUCAUCUUAUUUGGAAUUAUGUACCGCAAACGCACUAAUCGCCAAAAGCGAGAGCAAGAACAGAGAGAGGCCUACGAACGGCGGCGAUUGUCCGACGGGGAGGACCAUCCAUCACCCACUUUUGGAGCCACUAGCACAGACAUGACGCAGUCUCCUAUGAGACCGCUGAUGCAGCAACUCAAUUCAUCCUACUCAAAUGUUUCGCCAGGCAUAGUGUCUCCCGGAGGCGGAACGUCCUCAACCUCGUAUUUCGACCAGACGCACGGAACGACAACUUCAGGUAUCCCGACUUCACCUGUCAAUCUAGUAACUCCUGGAUCAAGCCAUUCAAAUGCAAAUGCCGCUGGACCGUCCAUCUCCAGUGUCCAGCCGCACAGCGCAAUGAGCUCACUGCCAUCACUGUCGCGUAAUCUUCCUGCUGGAGCGAUGCCACCCCUUAUUCUCGUCGGUGGACAGCAGAGUGUUGUUCCAAAGUCGCCACUCCCUAUUACGCCUGGUACGCCUGGGCAGCCAAGGUCGGAGAAGGCGACGUUUGUUCCGAGAACCGAAUCUGCGGACGUUGCGCCACCUUAUCAACGCACAACUUCUGCAUAG